CGCGCAGGCGCCGGCCGCGGCCGCAGUGCGAGGGUCGCGCGGCCGCCCGCUCCGAGCGCGCGCCGCAGCGUGCAUUCUCUAUUUAUAUCGACACACUCCCCUACCCACCGCACCUCGCGCAUGCGCACCGAACACCUCAGAACGAGGAAAGUGAAAAUUGCACAUCAUGGUAUCGCUCGGUGCAGGGCGCCGAUCGCGAGUGUCUCGAGCGAGCCGCUGACCGGCAGCGAGGACACCGGCGGCCGAGAGCGGUGCCGCAGGAUGGCCGAUGCCCACCCGGCGGUCCACUUCGGCACUGCGGCACUUCUGCGUCAAUCAACUUCGCGGCCGGCUAGGGGUGCGCGCUCGUGACGGCUCUGGCGUAUCGCGUGCCGUCGGCAGCCGGCGCGAUGGCGUCCACGAUGCAGCUCGAAUUCACGCAGGCGAUGACCGAUUUUAAGACGAUGUUCCCGGAUAUGGAUGACGACGUCAUCGAGGCGGUGCUCCGCGCCAACCAGGGCGGAGUGGACGCCACGAUCGACCAGUUGCUCGCGAUGAGCACGGACAACCAGAACGAGCGGCUGCGGCUCGAGAUCGAGCGCGUGGAGAGCAGCACGCCGCGCCGCAAGGAGCGCCGGCCCGGAACCAAACCGGCCGAAAACGGAGACGACAACGACACUACUGCACUUGUAGACAUAGAUGAUGACACGGUUCCUUUGGCUGUGCGACGUAAAUGGGUGCCCCGAAUGCUGGGGCCUCUACCACCGAUGUUCCUACGCAUCCCGCCUUGCACGGACGCAAGGAUAGACCUCAGCCUAGAGAUGGACGACGAUCGCAUCGCCACCUUCCUGCAGAACGAGGAGUUCAUGGCAGAACUGCGGUGGAACCAAGAGUUUAUGGCCACCCUCGACAGCGAGCAAGGACAAAAGGGCAAAACUCAAGAGGAUGAAGCGGCGUUCAAGGAGCGACUCAAGAAUAUGGGAAAAAUAUCCCGCAAGAAGUUCGCGCAACUUUCGCGGCUGUUCAGUCGCGGAGGGCUGCGGCGUCAGCACACGCCGCGCCCGAGCCCUCGCGGGCCGCCCGACAGCCUGCUCCUCCAAGAAGAGCACAGCGAUGACGAGGACCGACAACGACCUAAGAUAUAGCCCGCUAAUCGCUCGAAGUCGGACAAACGAUAGCGAUCAAACGCUGAAAUAUCUUCAUCUUGAAUGUGAAAAUGUGUGGUUAUGUCGAGACUCUAUGAGCGGCUAUGGCUUUUAUCAUCAGCCAAGUGACUUGUGUUUUCUUCCAAUUUUCGGUAGCCAUACUUUUCAAGUAUGGCGAAGUCAAAAGAAGACGCAAUGCUGCUCUAUUGUUAUGUAUAACGUGCUUGAUAAAGCACAAUAAAAAUCUGUUUUUGAGUCUGGACAGCUCUAAUAAGUGCUGCAAUUCUAAAAUGAAAAGAUAGGUUUAAAAUACAACAAACCAGCAGCAACUACCUCCCAAAUAAAUCUCUGAAAUACCCAGAACGCGCCGGCUUGCGUAUUUUUACAAAAACUAAAUCGCCCGUAGUAAUUUGAACGCAGGCGUUAAGGAGUCGUCAGACUGGUUUUUAAUUUGUCGGAUGCGAACGAAGGCUAACUUGGAAUACUUCAGUGUUCCGAUACUUAGGUAAGUUCUCAGAAAAUUACAGUAUACGGCCAAUUAGUUGAAGCUUCGCCAACAGUUUAGAAGUCGUUACGAAGGCAGAUAGGCACAACUUUUUGAUAUGUUCUGCUCCCUUUGUCGUUAACCGAACGGCAACUCCUCUCGUACGAGUAUAGCGCAAGUGAAACAAGUCGAUUUUUGUGUCAUAUGUAUAAGAAUCUAAGUACCUAUACCUUAAAAUUGAAUCGUGUGAUGAAUCCUUGAGGAAGGGCAGAGCCUUAAUUGUAGGCUUUACGUAGGAAGGUUUUACAAGGUUUCGGAUAAGACUGGGAUUGUUAGGUAAGAAUGAAUACAAUUAAUUAUUGUUGGUAUAAAAAUCAAUUUAUGAAAUAAAAAUUCAAUACUUCAAAUAAACAAAAAGAUUUUUAAAUGUGGAUCGGUAUCGGUAGAUUUCAAAAGAAAGGCUGAAAAAUAUUUGUAUGAAGUAUCCACAUCGUAGUUAGAUAAUGUAAAUAACUGUUGUAUUAGAUGAACCGAUAAGUAGUUUGCUUUGUGUUGAGUCUACGAAUUUAGUUACCGUUAAGAUUCUUGUUAGGUCCCCGCGGUCGCCCGCGCGCAAUUUAGAGAAUAUCGCUAUUAUCCCUUCGUGUGCCGCACGCUCGUCAGAAGAUUACUACUUCCAUCAUCAUUAGAUACAAUAUAACUGCCAAUGCAACCAUCUACACGCGUAUGUUGAUUUACAUUAUUUCUACCAAAAUGUUUGGCUAUUAUUACAUUGUUUAUCACAAAUAAUAUGGUUACGGUUUAACCAACAACGCUAUGUUGGUUGUGAAGAUUAAUUUGAUAAUAAUAAAGAUGAAAAUUCCAAAACGAUUUUUGUAACGACUGUAGAUUAGACAUAGACCUAACUAGCUAGAUAUUCUCUUUACGUAGACUUUACUAAUAGCACUCAGCCCAAAGACAUGUAGUUUUGUAAUUUAAUUUAACCACACACUAUUCGAAAAAUGUUUUACUUAUUUUUAAGAAAUUAUUGUCAAUUUAUCUACUUUAUAAUUUAUGCUUUUUAAUUACAAUGGUCACGUCAAAUGAAUUAUUACCGACACAAAUGAAUUGUACUAAUAUUGUUACUUAAUUCAUUUUAAUCUUGACAACUUAACUUUUAAGCUUUAUGUAAUAGUUACUAAUGAAACCUACCUACCUACCAACAAAGCAAUAAUUGAAACCCAAAUACAUUUAAGUGUGAUUUUGUAAUUAAUUAUUUAAGCGCCAGAACCCAGAAACAUAUUAAAUACGACUUUCAGACAUUUUGUAGAAAAUAAAAACAAAACUAAUCGAAAUAAGACAUUACCUCAAUACUGUAAAUGUCAUUCAAAUUCUUUGAAAUUACGUUAACAAGAUAGAAAUAUAUACUUGCCUUGUAAAUUACAAUGUGAGAAGUCGUUGCUUCUAUGAUUUUAUGCUCGUUUCAAUGCAGAUCCACGUGGAUGGUACAUUAGGUAGCCAGUACACGUAAGUACAUUCAUAACGACCAUAUUUGGUAAAAUAACGCUUACAGUGAAAGUACCA